CGGGAUCGAGCGAACACAGUGCCGUGGAUAAUAUCCAAACCGACUGUGUUCCGCCCUCCGGCACAGUGUAUUUUCUCGCCGCGGUAGUCGUCGUCGUUGCUUUUGCGUCCAGUCACGUGGUUCAUAAAUAUUCGCGAGUUUUUCAUACGAGACAAUCGUCCACUGAACUAUACGGUUGGUAUCGACGUACUUUACGGACGUUAUUCCCCUGGAACAAUUAUGGCAUACGGAUGAUAAAAUCUAACAAUAGUUCUGUGAGAUUAGUAUUAAGACCGCCGAUUUAGUUACACUUUUGUUAGCUCGGGAAAGCUAACUGGAAAAGCGAAUGGUAUGAUGACCAUGAUGUACGGAUCCGAAAAAAUGAUGGCCGGCAAACCGCCGUUGCCCAUUUCGGCCACGGGACCUUGUUUUCCCGGAAGAUAUUCUCCGACUUAUCGGAAUACUGCGGAUCCAAUGAGAAGAUGUAUGGGAAAUCCGUCGAGCCGGAUUCUAGAGGAUGCGUCCUCAUUCAUGUGCAACACCUGGUCUCCACGACAUAAUGGUGAUCUAUUUGGUGGUCUCAACGAUGGUCUACUCAGUAGAGCAGAGGUCUUGGCAGCAGUAGAUAUGGGAAAACAUCAUCACCACCAUAAUCAUCAAUCUCCUGGGCCGGGUAAUGGUAACAAUGGAAAUCAGGGUAAUGGUUCAAUAGGACCUGGUUCGACUGGUUCACCUGGACCCCUGACACAAAUCAAACAUGAUGUUAUGUCAUCGUAUCACCAUCAUCAUGGAAUGGGUGGACACUCAGGCAGCCAAAACCAUCGAGGUCAUCAGAUGCAUCCUGGUAUGGAUGGCCUCGACCUGCUGGAACCCAUUUCGUCAUCGACAAUGACUACACUCACACCUAUGUCCGACGGUUCUACUCACGGUCCGCUACACCCUAGCGUCUAUGGCGCAGGUAUGAUGGGCGGCCAUCAUCAUCAUCAUCCUCACUCAGGUGGCGGUCCAAACGGCCAUCCUCAUCAUCACCACCAUCAUCACCAUCACCACGCAGCAGCUGCAGCAGCAGCUGCUGCAGUCGGGAUGAUAAGCGCCAGCGGAGGCGCUGGACUACAGCAUCCUGACACCGACACGGACCCACGAGAACUAGAGGCGUUCGCUGAACGUUUUAAACAAAGACGCAUCAAACUUGGUGUGACACAAGCCGAUGUCGGUAAGGCGCUCGCCAACCUAAAACUACCAGGUGUUGGAGCCCUCUCUCAAAGCACAAUAUGUCGGUUCGAAUCUCUCACUUUGUCUCACAAUAACAUGAUCGCCUUAAAGCCCAUUCUUCAAGCUUGGCUAGAAGAAGCAGAGGCACAGGCGAAAAACAAGCGUCGGGACCCAGAUGCUCCAAGCGUAUUACCAGCAGGCGAGAAAAAACGAAAACGAACGUCGAUAGCAGCGCCCGAAAAACGGUCUUUGGAGGCUUAUUUUGCUGUUCAGCCAAGGCCGUCAGGGGAAAAAAUCGCAGCCAUUGCUGAAAAGUUAGACUUGAAAAAAAAUGUUGUAAGGGUAUGGUUUUGUAACCAAAGACAAAAACAGAAACGUAUGAAGUUUGCUGCUCAGCAUUGACUGAGUUAAAAUUCGUAUUCCCUUUCCUAAUUAUGUGCUCAUUUAAUUUGGUUGAACAAAUUUUAGAGUAAUGAUUUAAAUUAAUAUUAUCAUUGUAUAGGAUUUAUGUAAUUUAUAGUUACUAUUUAUUAACUUCUUUACACUAAGAAAUGUCCAUUUUAUUUAGACUUUAUGGUUGAUUCAAUUUUUUAAUACAAAAAUACAUUCAAAUGAAAAUUAUAUAAAAUGAUAAUUUUAUCGUAUUCCUAGAAAAAACAUUGCAAACAAUUAAUGAAAAAAUUGAAUAUUUUAGACGUCAAAAUAUAGUUUUAGAAAAAAUUCAUAACAUUCGAAUAAUAUUUUCAAUUUUUCAAUUAAUUUUUAUUCAAGAGUAAUUUAAAUAAUAAUUCGCUCUUUUUGUUCAAUUUAAAUACAAAUAUUUACGAAUAAUAACAAAUAAAUAGAGUAUUUUUAAGUUAGUAAACAGAAAUAUACGAAUAUCUGCCAGUAAAUUUAUUUUGACGCCAAGUUGAUUUAAUUUUUUACCUUUUCUUUGUCAACUGGACGUAACAUAUAUAUAUAUAUAUACCAAAAACUACUUAUGACAUACUACUACUUUUUAUAUUUCUCGAAAAAAAUUUUUUUAACACCCAGUAAGAAUCUAACAUAAAAUGCACUACAAAUAAUAUGUAAGAACAAGAACAGGUAGAUUGAAGCAUAUAUAUAUUUUAAUCUGGGAAACACUUAAAACAACUCCUAUCCGGUUUAAUUUUAGAAAAAUUAAGUAUUGUAAAUAAUUAGUAAUUGUACAAAGACAUUUUUAGUAAUUUACCUUUUUGUAUAUAAAUAACCAUAGAAAAAUAUAUAUGAUUUUUUUGCGUUUUCGACAUCAAAACUGUGAUCUUCAAUACCAGUAUAAUGCAAAAAUGGAAAUGUGCAAUAUAACUAUAAUUUUUUUAUGUAGACUAAAUUCAUUUGUUUAUGUACUAAAAUUAGAAUACCUAAUGUUUUAAUAAUUAAAAGGCAUAUACAGUUCGCAAGUAAAGACUAGAAAAAUAAAGACUACAUAAACUUACUGAAUCGUAAAAUAUGUGUCCAAUUAUAUUGAACUAUAUAUUAAUAAACUCUUUAUUUUCACCCUAUUCCAAAGAAAACUGUUGAAAUCAUUUGUCAAAACAAGCACAUGACUCGGCAGUUUCUUUCCUCUAGACGUCUCUAAAACUGUCAAAAAAUGUUAUUAUUUCGCGAAAAUUUGACAUACACAAUAUUAUUACAUCGUAUCAUAAAAUAAACAAAUUAUACUUAUUAUUUUUGUUAUCUUGUAAUAUAAUGUAGCAAUCGAAAAAAUCAUCACUGAAAAUUCGAUUGCACACUGUUUAAAUAACUAAUCAUUUAUUUUUAUCAUUUAGAUUAAAAAACAUUAGUAAAUUUGUACAGUUUUAGAAAUGUAUAAAUAGACGUUGUAUCAAAGCUUGAGUUAUAUUGUAUCCUUGAUUAGUU